AGUAUGCCCAAAAGCUUCGUCGCUCCCCCUGCAAAAUGAAAAUUACAACUCUGCCACCGCUCGCGCUCUGCUUCCUCCUCUCCGUCCACGUGCUCUCUGCCCGAUUCCAUCCCUCGGCGGAGCACGACGGUCCGAACGGCGGCGUCGGCAGCGAUGGCGGCGGCGGCGGCAGCAGCAGCAUAAUCUUCGCCACGCUCGGCCGCUCCGACUACGCCUUCGACAUAUUCGCCCUCCCGACUCGGCCGGACCGAUCCCCGAAGCCCGCCGACGAGGUCAAGCUCACCGACGGCAAUUCCGUGAAUUUCAACGGCCACUUCCCUUCGUUGUCGCCCGCCGCUUCCUCCUCUCUCCUCGCCCUCUCCCCCGACCAGACCCCGCCUUCCCUGCACGUCAUCUACGUCACCGAGCGGAACGGGUCGUCGAGCAUCUACUACGACGCCGUCUACGACGGCGACGGCGGCGGCGCCGAAGGGAGCCCCCGCAGAAGAUCGGCGCUCGAGGCUGCUCCGCCGAGGGUUCAGGUGCCUCUGGUGGGGAGUGGCACGAGCGUGAUUUCGAUGAAAGACAGGCCCAGUCUGAGCGGGGAGAAUCUGAUCUACGUGUCCACUCACGAGGACACGGGCGUGCCGCGGACGAGCUGGGCCGCGGUCUACUCGACCGACGUGCGGACCGGGUCGACGCGGAGGCUGACCCCGUACGGGGCCGCCGACUACAGCCCCGCGGUGUCGCCGUCGGGGGCCUGGACCGCCGUGGCGUCGUACGGGGCGGGGGCCGCGUGGGGCGGCGAGGUGGAGGAGCUCGCCACGGACGUGUACGUGUUCUUGACCCGGGACGGGAGCCAGCGGGCCAAGGUGGUGGAGCACGGCGGAUGGCCGUGCUGGGUCGACGACACGACGCUGUUCUUCCACCGGAGGGGCGACGACGGGUGGUGGAGCGUGUACAAGGCCACGUUGCCGAGCCGGGGACCGAUUUCGACCGAGUCGGUGGUGACUGAGCGAGUGACGCCGCCGGGCGUUCACGCGUUCACUCCGGCCACUUCCCCAGGUAACAAGGAGUUCAUUGCUGUUGCUACAAGACGACCUGGUUCGAGUUAUCGUCACAUAGAGCUGUUUGAUCUUGUCAAAAAUGAAUACAGGGAGUUAACUCAGCAUGUGUCACCCAACGCUCACCACUUCAACCCGUUUAUCUCCCCUGACUCGGGCCGAGUUGGGUACCACAGGUGCAGAGGUGAUGACAAUGGGAGAGAUACUCAAAGUCCCCAUUUGUUACUUGAAAAUCUUCAAAGCCCAGUGCCAGGCCUCUCUCUCUUCCGAAUCGAUGGGUCUUUCCCAUCUUUCUCACCUGCAGGUGAUCGUAUUGCCUAUGUUAAUAUGCCGGGUGUCUAUGUAGUUGACCGAGAUGGUUCAAAUCAACGUGAGGUAUACUCUGGUAUGGCCUUCUCCUCCUCAUGGGACCCAGUUCGAAGAGGGGUGAUCUACACUAGCACGGGUCCUACUUUCGCUACAGAGAGCACUGAAGUUGAUGUCAUAUCCAUCAAUGUCGAUGAUGUCGACAAGUUGGGGGUGAAGAGGCUGACCACCAGUGGCAAGAACAAUGCUUUCCCUGCCCCUUCGCCUGAUGGGAAGUGGAUCGUGUUCCGUUCGGGCCGAUCAGGCCAUAAAAACUUGUACAUAAUGGAUGCUGUCAAGGGAGAGGAAGGCGGGCUCUACAGACUGACAGACGGGCCAUGGUCGGAUACUAUGUGUAAUUGGUCCCCUGAUGGUGAGUGGAUUGCGUUCGCAUCCGACCGGGAAGACCCUGGCAGCGGGAGCUUCAGUUUGUACCUGAUCCACCCGAAUGGUACUGGGCUGAGGAAAUUGAUUCAGAGCGGCUCCCUUGGGCGGGCUAACCAUCCGUACUUCAGCCCGGAUGGGAAGAGCAUAGUGUUUACAUCGGACUAUGCAGCAGUAUCAGCUGAGCCAAUCUCAAACUCUCAUCACUAUCAACCUUAUGGUGAGAUCUUCACGAUAAAAUUGGACGGCUCUGAUUUGAAGCGGUUGACCCACAACUCCUAUGAAGAUGGGACACCCGCAUGGGGACCCACUUUCAUCAAGCCAGCUGACGUGGAGUGGCCAAGUUAUGGGUCCAGGUGCUCAUUUGAAGACUGCCACUGGCUUAGCCGCAUGCCAAAUAAUAGCUUUGGAGGUGCACCAAAUUACUCGGCCAAGGCUCAAUGUGGCGCUUGAACUCUCUCUCUCUCUCUCUCUCUGUAAAAUGCAUAUCAGGACCAUAUCCAGAUAAAUAAUGCUUGUGACUUGCUGUGCAUUAGUCUGUUUGUACUAGUAUAACUUGUUGAUAUACAUGAUUAUUAAAGAUAAGAGUUCUGCUUACUGCUA